GCCUAGAAGGAUCAUUUCUUUAAAAGCUGCGGAGACUCUGCAGUGACGAGACGCUCAUUGUCUUCAGCGAUGAAGUGAAGUUUGUAGAAAAAGACGCGUCUGGUUUCAGUUGAGAACUUUCUGUGGAUCGUAUCUUUGUUCUUGGUCCUUUUAUUAUCUGCGGGACUUUGGAACCUGAAGCUCAGACCUCAGGGAAACUUCGGUUCAGCAGGAGAAGUUUCAUCUUUGUGUUUCUGACAUGAUCCUCAGCUGCUUUGUUGCUGUGUCCAGUUUAUUCUUCACAGCUGGCUCCGGUACAACAGUGGAUGACGGCUACAAUGACUUUACAGAGGACGACAAUGCUCCGCAACUAGACUACAAAGAACCUUACUGGUGCCAUUCUCCGGGUCUGACCAAUGGGGAGGUGACCUGCUACUCUCCUCGGGGCCCCGCCUACAAGAGCACGCUGGGCACCCGCUGUGAGAUGAGCUGUGACCGGGGAUACAGGCUGGUGGGGAGGAGCUCCCUCCAGUGCCUCGCCAGCCGCCGCUGGUCGGGGACUGCCUACUGCCGCAAAAGGCGUUGCCACGUGCUGCCACUCAUCCCACAAGGCAGAUACUCCUGCACUCAGGGCUUUGUGGUGGACUCCAGGUGUGAAUUCACCUGCGACCCCGGCUAUAGCAUCCAGGGGGAGCACUCACGCACCUGUCAGCACGGGGGGUCGUGGAGCGGAGGGCAACCGGACUGUUUAGAUACCGAUCCCCCAAAGAUCAGGUGUCCUCUGUCCAGACUCAAGGUCGCUGAUCCGGGGAAACUCACUGCCAGGGUCACCUGGGACCCCCCCACUGCCAAAGAUACCGCUGAUAAAUCACUUGAGGUAAUAUUAGUGGACCAGCUGUCGGGCUCUGACUUUAAAGAAGGAGUAAAUGUUAUCCGCUACAAAGUGUUCGAUCAAGCCAGGAACAGAGCCGCCUGCAAGUUCUUUGUCAGAGUUGAGGUGAGACGAUGUCCAGCACUACCUGCGCCCCUGCAUGGCUACCUCACCUGUUCCUCUGACGGGAAUAACUACGGUGCAACAUGUGAAUACCACUGCGAUGGAGGGUAUGAGCUGAGGGGGGUGUCGAGUCGCGUCUGCAAGUUCAGCCGCAACUGGGACAGAAAUGCAGCCGAGUGUGUUGCGAUGGAGAUUAAAUCCGAUGUAAAAACAACUUCAGCUCUCCUGGAUCAGUUCUACGAGAAGAGGAGGCUGCUGAUCCUGUCUGCGCCCAACAUCUCUGACUCCGACUACAAACUGCAGAACAUCAUGAUUCAAAAAUCAGACUGUGGAUUAGACCUGCGACAGGUGACCGUGAUCGAGCUCCUGGGCUCCCCGCCUCGAGAGACGGGUCGAAUUAAAGAAAGUCUGCUUGGCUCUGAAGUCAUCGAGGGAUUGAGACAAGUAUUCAGAAUCUCCAGGUCCUACUUCAGCAUGGUGCUGCUUGACAAGCUCGGGCUGGACCGAGAGCGCUUCAUCACCCCGAUGGCGUCGGACGAGCUGUUCUCCUACAUCGACGGCUUCCUGCUGGACGAGGAGGAGCGAGAGAGGCUCGAGCUCCACAGAGACUUCUGCGAUUAACUCAAUCAGACCCUCCGGUUGCCACAGCGAUAAACUCAUCAGUAGAACUAUAACAACAUGAGGAAGGACAAACACCCAGAAGCCAGAUCCAGCGGAACAUGAAGAAGGGGAAAACAGGACGAGAAGGCCGUUCCUCCUGUUUACAUGUGAUCGUUAUACAACACUGAAGAGAUAGCACUGUUUUCUCUAUAUCAAGUCAUCAGCUGAAGGCAUGGAGGCCACCACUGAUACAGAAAACAUUUAAACUAAUAUUUAACUAGAACUUUAACACAUAAAUGAUAACCACUGCGACAGAAGACUCAGGAACAUCCAGCAGGUAUUGAGGUGAAAUGCAGAGCUGAGAUAAUCAACCAUGUCCUGGGUUUCUCUUGGGGGACAGAAUAUUUAAGGCAACUUUGAGGUAAACAUAUAUAAUUGAGAUAAAAAACAAAUGUAACAAUUUCAAGUUAGACUUUAUUCGUUUUAUAUAAAUAUAAUUUUAUGUGAUAAUAUUUGUGCAAAAUAAAAUGUUGUAGAUUAAACUAAGCACAAUUUGUAGAAUGCAACAACACAAAUUCUGUAUACAACUAUAAAGAAACACAUUUGUGACCCUGUUUCUGUGCUAAGUGCUGUGCAUAAUUUUAAUGUAUGAAGCCUGAAUUAAAAAAAAAACAUAAAA